GAGUUUGGCGCUCGAUUAUUCAGAUCGGUCGAAGUUAAUGCACUGUCCAAAACAUAGCAGCAAGGUCGCGCGGUCGGUCAGUCUUGCGGUGAUGUUGUUGGCCUCAUCCGAGUUCGAUAAAAAUCAACUGUGACAGGUUCUGCCAAUUUCCUUUUGUACCGUACGUUGAUUUUGAGAUACUCAUUUCAGCCCAAACCGAUAUGCAGUGUUUUCGUCAAGUCCGCAUGGUGAGCCGGGCUCUCACCCGUGGAAAAGCAACGUUGCCUGAUCUUCCUUAUGACUAUAAUGCGUUAGAACCGGUCAUUUGUGCUGAAAUCAUGACUCUACACCACUCGAAACAUCAUAACGCUUACGUAACGAACUACAACAUUGCCGCCGAAAAACUGCAAGAGGCCAUACAGAAAAAUGAUACCAAUGCCCAGAUCGCUUUGCAAAACGCUAUUCGUUUCAAUGGUGGUGGACAUAUUAAUCAUUCCAUAUUUUGGCAGAAUCUGUGUAAUCCUAAAGAUUCUGGAGAGCCGAGUGCCGAACUUCUCGCUGCUAUCAAGAAGGACUUUGGCAGUUUUGAAGCUAUGAAGGAUAAGAUGUCGGCAGCCGCCGUCGCAGUUCAAGGAUCUGGCUGGGCCUGGCUGGGCCUCAACAAAGCGAAUAAACAGCUGCAAGUGGCAGUAUGCCCGAACCAGGACCCAUUAGAAGCUAGCACUGGUCUUGUUCCAUUAUUUGGUAUCGACGUGUGGGAGCAUGCAUACUACAUUCAGUACAAGAAUGUUCGCCCUGAUUACGUUAAGGCGAUCUGGAAGGUGGCUAAUUGGAAGGACAUUUCGCAGCGGUUUAUUAAAGCUUAGCGGUUACAGUGACUUUACAUGUUGAUGCCAGGAUAAGAAGUAGAAGUGUAGUUGCGAGAAAGUGGAGUUUCGUUUUAGUUCGUUAAUGAGCAGUAUAUGUUAUGAUAUGUAUCGGUGCCUCGGAUUUACGGGGG